AUGGAUCUUCCUUUCCACACUAUUCUCACUUCUCCCAUCUUUGUGUUUCGAGUGGGACCCGACGGCACCGAAAUGAGACUUCCAGCAGCCCUGGUAUCGCAGUCUUCACCGGUGCUAAACCGACUGAUCAACGGCAAGAUGAAGGAAGCACAAAACGGCGUCGCUGAGAUCGCGGAUGUUGAAGAGGCUACCUUUGCGUGUUUCGGUCAAUGGCUGUAUACUGGAGAGUACAUUACGCGCCCAGCGGACCGCACGAAGUUUAGAUCUCCUUCUCUACAACCUGUGCCAUGGGACCACGGUCUGUCGACGAAAGAAAAGAAGAAAAAGGAGAAGACUAUGAGAGUGGAAGGCACUUGGAACGACCAGGUGGUACAAGACAAUACCGCUCUCUUCAACAACUGGGCGUUUUCUGAUAAUGUCUGUCAUAAAAGGAGUAAAAAGCAGGAACUGUGGGAUCUAUUCACAAGCUCUUGCGAUGAUCGACUGGCUGCUCCUCCAAGGGUCAAUGUCGCAGCAGACUACCCUGACAUGACAGAUGAGCUGCUGUCGCACGCGAAGCUCUGCUGCUUUGCCGACAGAUAUGUGAUCCCGGCGCUGGCGAACUUGUGUUUGGACAAUUUGCGACUUUCUCUGAUCGACUGCGAAUGUCAAAGUACCCCAAUGCGAGGAAUUGCAGAAUUGCUGGCGUUUACGGCGAGCAAUUUCCCGCCUCGUGACGAGAUAAACAGCGAAAACUUGCGGUCAGUCGUGCUCAGCUUUACGGUCAUCAUAUUUGAGCUUUUAGUCGAGGACGAUGUGUUUCAGGAAAUACUCGGAAACGGUGGGGACAUCGUUCAAGAGUUGUUACUCUUGCUCCAGCGACGUCUUGAUUGA